AUGGCGCCUGCAGUGUGGGCUCGUUGUCUCUUCACCAGGUCGAGAAUUCCAGACUGGGUAUUUCAGCCACGGCCUGGAGACCAUGAAAAGUAUGGAGGUGACCCUGAGCAGCCCCACAAAAUCCACGUUGUUACUAGAAUAAAAAGUGCAAUCGGUCGCCCGUAUUGGGAAAAGAAGAUAGUACAUGAUCUUGGCCUGGAUAAAGCACAUCAGCCAAGACUGCACAAAAAUAUCCCUUCUGUGAAUGCCAAACUGAAAAUUAUUAAACAUCUGAUAAGGAUACAGCCACUGAAAUUACCUUAUGGGUUGCCAACAGAAGAGGAAAUGUCAGACACCUUUCUUACAAGCAAGGGAGAGCUUGUCAUUAAACGGCACCUGAAACCUGUGGAGCAGAAAGAAAUUAAGUCAUAA